AUGACGGACGUGAACAGCAACAGAUUGACCGGCGAGUCCUCGCGGAGGUCCUUUGAGCUAGCUAGGAAGGAACUGCGACAGAUAGUGACGAGGAUCGAGGAGACAGCGCUACCUAGCAGGUCUGUCAAGCUGCUCCGGGCUAGGUGCCUCCUCAGACCUGCGGGAUCGAAGCUUGGAAAGAGACACCUGUGGAUCCUGGUGAUCCUCGCGUGGAUUCUGGGACAGUUCCUUUGGAAUUACACUCGCACUGUACGUUAUGACAAGUGCCUGGCGGAGCUACCCUCGUUCACGCAGAAAGUAUUCCGGCCGGCUGAGGACUGUUCGAUCUGUCGGGACGUUCAACAGGUUGACAGGAUAUCCAACGUGGAUCCUGCCACUUUCGAAGAACGUUACGCCUACUCUGGCAGGCCCGUAGUGGUGACAGAUGCCACGACCAACUGGACAGCAACAACGAUUUUCUCGUUCACCUUCUUCAAGUCAUUGUACGACGGCGAGGACGCGAAUUGCCAGUUCUUCCCCUACAAGACGGAGUUCAAAAGCCUUCAGGAUGUGUUCGACAUGAGCGCCAGUCGGUCCCUGCUGGAGAAGGGGACCAAGCCGUGGUACGUGGGCUGGAGCAACUGCGACGAGAAAAUCGGCAGUGUUCUCAGGCAACACUACCAGAGGCCAUACUUCCUGCCAGUCACCGCGGAGUCCGAGAAGACCGACUGGAUCUUCAUGGGUAGCCACGGAUAUGGGGCCCCUAUGCACGUGGAUGACGUGGAACAUCCUUCCUGGCAGGCACAGAUCAAGGGAAAGAAGCUGUGGACCUUGGAGCCACCCAGAGAGUGCUAUUACGCUUGCAGCAGGCUAGAGGUCGUGGUGCAUCCUGGUGAAAUAAUUGUCCUGGACACUAAUCGCUGGUACCACCAAACGACGAUCGUUUCCGAAGAGAUGAGCAUCACGAUUGGGGCUGAGUACGAUUAG